AGAAAAAAAUAGCUAACUGGCUGAAUUCAGAAGAAUCUUGUUUUUGAAAAAAAUAAGUCUGAAGACCUUUUAUUCGAUCACUUAAGUUUGUAGUAAUUCCAAAUGCUCAGCGGAUAUUGCAUUUUGUUAACAGUCUAUGUUCUGAUUGUGGAGCAAAAGGCCGCUGAGUCGAAGUCUUCAACGCCUGUUAUUGUUUAACACCGUGUCAGCAGCAGAGGCCGUCUCAGUGGCGACAUAUUGUUGCUGGAAAAUGUUUUCUACCCACCCAGCAGUAGCUUUGCAGAGAUAGGAACUGACUGAAGGGAGGUAAAGGCGACCUAAAGAGAAGGUUACCUCCCGUCUUUCCCGUGAUAUAUCCUAGAGACAGUGAACCACUUAUCUUCACUAGACUACGAGAUUGUUUUUAUUUACUUGUUUUGACAUACUUAAAACAAACUUUAAUUUUUUUAAAAAUUCAUAUGCUUCCCCGCUUUCUUUGGAUCGCGUUGACUGCCAGGUCUUCUUCGUCUACUUGUAUACUGUAUUAAGUUUCUGUAUAUUUGUUUGAUGUCACUGUGUAUGUAUGUAUUCUAUUUUCAUUUUGAGUCUAUAGUUGUCUAUUUUGAGUCUAUGGUUGUCUGUUUAGGGCCUAUAGUUGUAUAUUUUCGAAUUUGACAUCCCGUUCUCACCCCUUAAAAGCGUUGAUAAUAAUUAUUAUUGUUAAUGACAACUAAUAAUCAAAACCAAUUGUGUAUUCAUGCUUUUCGGAUAAAGUAAGAAUUUGUUUCUGAAAGUGUUUUUGCCUAGUUACCUUGUAACAGCUUUGUUGUCAUUCUCACCACGUUUCAAUCCCUCCUCUAGACCUUUCUUUUCUUUUACCAGAAGGGGAAGAGAUAGAGAGAGUUGUUAUUCCCCUUGUCUGUGGGAUGUUCUGAACCGAUUACAGGAUUAUUUACUGGAAUAGGAUUUACGUCUGAGAAAGUUCCCCUUCUUUUUUUCACAGUGGGUCUUGGGUGUUUUCUUCCAGACACCUGAUCAAAGUGUUAUGUUGAUAAGACACAAUUAUGCUAGAGGGAAUUACAUGCUAGCAAAAAUGAAGUCUCUCGAGUUACCCCUAAGAAUGCUGGUGGGCAAAUUGAGCGCUGAUGUAUGUAAGGAUGCAGGUGACAUGGAAACACAAGGACUUUAUUGAACAAACGACAGAGACCGCAGAUGUCCUUCGUGUGGAUAUAUGUUACAACAAACUAUCCCCUUGUCCAUGUUUCAUCUUGUGAUGGUUCCUCUCCCGUCAGCCCCUUGUUGCCUAGUUGGGGCAAAAACAUAAAUGCACGAUCGCCCUUUGAGUCGGUCCCAACAUGUGAGAAAGUUUCGCCCCAAGUUACAGCCGCUGAACAAUCGUCCUCUAGUGGAGACGAAUUAUGCGAUGCAGAAGAAAAGGAUUUUGUGGAUAAAGAAGGUGAGGACAAGAAGUCUAGCACUCCUCGCAAAGUGCUCCGUAAUGGGACGACCACAGAAGUCUGACAGUGUGAGACGCCCACUGAGGUCACUUUUCCCUCAGUCGCUCCCUCGCCGGUGGUGGCCUGUAAACGAGUCGCCAGCACCGAGGUGUUAACUGCUGUGACUGGGGGUGAACAUGAAUACCCUGCAGAUUGAGGGUGGCCGGCUUGUCGACUUUGCCACGCUCCCGGAGUUUCAGCCUCAAUCUUCAAUUCUUUUGAAAGCAAUUAUAAGAAAAGGAAGUCUCUCACCAGAUGGUUUUCAAAGAUAUAGAGCUGUAAGAUUUUUGUUUGGGAUUGGAAGGAGCGAAGUAGUCACAAAAGAGGAAUUGCUGUUGAAUGUCUAAUAUUACCAAAUCUGCUUAACUUUGAUUUGAAUACCAAGAACACACUAUGAUCAACAAAAUAUGACAGUCUAGGUAGGCUUCCUAGAUGUUAUCGCGAACUUAUAAUUAAAAAAGAAAGAUACAAACUAAAAAAAAACCAAUCUAAGAACAAAAGAACAAAUGAAAAAAAGAAAAGUAAUAAAGAAAGAAAAUGAAGGCAGGUUAACAAAUAAGCAGCCGACCAAGAGAUGAAGUUGUCGAGUAAAUAAAGUUAGUAUUUAUCCUUAUGUUAAUGUUACAAUUAUAAAUUAGGAUAUGAUUAGUGAUAUGAAAUAAAAGUGAGAAGUUAGCGAAACUUAAAAAGGAAAAAAUUAAAAAAUACUUAUUUGACCUUUUAUCACUUUUUAAGAUGCAAAUUCCUGUAUUAGUAAUAAUAACCAACGAAAAAAGGGAGGAAACUGAAAUAAAAGGAGUAAUAAUGAAGCAAGACUUGUCAGUAAAGUGGAGGAGAAAAAAAAACACAACAAAAAAAAAAAACAGAAGCAAAAACAAAACAAAAUAAUAAAAGGGGGACGAAAGAUUGUUUAAAAGAUGUUGGUAACUUAGCUCCAGUCUUUUAACCGAGCUUUCAAAGCUGGUAUCAAAUUUCUGUCACAAACAUCUUUGAAAUAAUAAUUUGUUUGUUUUGUCUGUUUUGUUUUAUUUUAUUUUAUUUUUUAUCAUUAUUUUUUUUUAUCUCGCACGUACUGACCCUGAACGCACGCACAAACACACCUAUGCCCAUUCCGUUCUUCGUCUUAACUGCUGCUCUCGCUGGCUCUGUCAUCCAGGUACACGGGAGACAAAAAUAUGGAGUCAGUCGUCCGUACAGCCAAAAAAGCUGAAAUUGCAACUAUCUUGUAAUCUGUGAAAGGUAAAAGUGAUUUUAUGACAACGCGGUAGACUGUUGGAGCCUGCGGGCAGCCCGCCACGGCGUUCCAGAAUAGGGACUCCAUACUGCUCUCUCGCUGUCCCUCCCGGAAUGAACCCUGGGUGGAAUAGGGUGGGGGGUCAGACUUGAGCUACCUUGGGAUUGAACGGAUAUGGUCAUUUGAACACCAGCUGAGAGAACGAGAGAAAGAGAGAGAGAUGGAGAUAGGAAUAAUGUGUGUGUGCAUGUGUGUGUUUUGGAAGAGCGGUGGGUAUCUACAUACAGGUAAACGAGGCCAAGCCAUCGAGAUGCCACAUCAUCCUUCCUUCCCACAGUCUUCAUCAUCUGUUCGGACCCUCAACGCGCCUCAACCCACCCACCGCCCACAUUCGUCUCCAAGCUGCAUGAGUCUCGGGGACUUCCACCUGCGAGAUCAGGUGGGCAAUUAAAAAGUGUGAUUCGGACUCAUUGGCUUCGACGUGGAAGUCACGAGAAGACUCAUACAGCGACUACCCCCCACCCGUCAUCACUCCCACUUUCCAUCGCCACCCCCGCCCCCUUACCUUCACACGUUUGUCUCCUGGAUGUACAAAUUACGCUUUUUCUUCGUCGGCCAUUCCGACCGACCGACCGAUCGGCUGGCUGGCUGACUGGAUCCUCCUACUCUUCCGGCAGUUUGCGCAGGUUUUCCGCUGAGUGAAACGUCAUCGUGAAUACAGAUAAAUACAGUAGAAUACAACUGUAUACUUACCAUCAUGUCACGUUCUAGUAGACGUGUCACAGGAUUCAGGUGAUCGUCUGCCCCCCGACCUCACGUGCCUUCGCCGUGUUCCACACAGAGGCACCGUUAGUGAAACUUGCACCAACUGACCUCUGAAGAAACUUGUAUCAUCUUCAAAGCUUCGGACACUUAUACAUUAACGGAACGGACAGACGCAGACAACAUAUCCGGUUAACGGUUUUCGAGUUUAUGUAAGGACUGGUGUGGAAAAUUGGAUCUUUGUUGUUGUUGUUUUCAGGGGAGGGUGAGUGAAUAGUAAAGUUAAAGUGCAGUCUGGGUGACCAGUCACCUGACGACCGUCCAGAUGAUGCUAUGUGGUGUGCCAGGAGGAAGGCGAGCUUCUUCAGCACAGCAUUGAUGCACUGGAUGACAUAGUACAUAGAUAGUCAAAGACGACAAGAUCAGAUCGAGCAGAAAGGCACUAGUGCACCCUCGGACCUGUCAACAAGGCCAAUACGCUGGAAAGUCUGGAAGCAAACACACAUCGUUUGUGGCUUUAACUUUUUUUUCCAAAUUGUGGUCCUGUCUGAAAUAGGAAGGGGAACUUCAAACAUCAGCGACGGAGAAGACGGUUAAUCGUCAAGGUAUUCUCCCUUGGACACGGCGCGCGCUCCCUUGUCCUGCUGGGAGGCAUGUCACAUUUUCUACCUUCGAUAUCCGCAGGUUUUUUUUUAAAGAAAAGGAAAACGGAGUUAAGUGGGUAGGGAACACGAAUAAAUCUUAAUCAGGAAAUUAUUUGACAGUGCUUUCACUACAAACUGAACGCGCUGUAAGCAUAAUUGCCUUUCUACAAACUUCUUUAUGGAUGGUUUUCAUCAUUCAUCAGAAAAUUAAGCAGCAUGUUGUGGCGUGCAAAAAAAUUAAAGGACAACCUGCCAAAAAGGUAACUGGACCAACGAUUCCUCCGUGUUCUUUUAUUUUAAAACUGUUUAAGAGGCUGCUUCGAAGCGAUUAAGUAUUCUGGAGGCAAGGCAACCAUUGAAGUCUAUGAUCCUUCUCGCAUGGGAGUUUCCGCGUGACCAGAAGAAAGUGGAAGACUGUUACUAAUGCUGCUACAAUGCUAAUUGUACCUCUGCUCAUCCUUUUCAUGCUGCCAUUGGAUGCUGCCAGCAACAAGAAAAGUCGACACAAGGGGGCGCUGAAAGGCACUCAGUGGUGGAAACCAGUCAGGAAAGCAACUUCCAAGAGGUGGUUAUUCACGGAAACCGCUAGAACAAAAAAGAAAGAGCGUAUUGAGAGUACUUUCUGGAAUAAACAUAAAAAUAGUAUGGUGACACUGGCGAACGCAGGGGAAAGGUCCAACGACCUGAGAACAUUCACUCAGCUCUACAACAAUCCUCGACUACUUCCUCUGACUAAGCGGCAACGAAAAGUUGUAACGAGAAACCCCGGGGCUAUCAUCGCCGUUGCUAGGGGCGCCAAGAUGGCUACAGAGGAGUGCCAGUUUCAGUUCCGGAAUCGUCGCUGGAAUUGUCCUACAUUCUGGGAUGAUCAAGGGGCAACUGUUUUUGGAAAAAUUCUGGAAAGAGGUUCCAGAGAGACAGCUUUUAUCUACGCUAUCACCAGUUCGGCGGUCACGCACUCCGUGGCCCGCUCGUGCGCUGAGGGCAGUGUGCGCACGUGCACGUGCGACUACGAGCACAAGGAGCGAAGUCCUAGCGGCAAGGACUGGGAGUGGAGCGGCUGCAGCGACAACGUCAGGUUCGGCAGCAAGUUCUCGCGCAAGUUCGUCGACGUGGUGGAGCGAGGCCGCGACUUCCGCUCCAUGAUGAACCUUCACAACAACGAGGCCGGCCGAAUGCACGUUAAGAAGGCCUUGAAGAAAGAGUGCAAGUGCCACGGAAUGUCCGGAUCGUGCACCAUCAAGACCUGCUGGAUGAGGUUGCAGUCCUUCCGCCACGUGGGCGAUGUCCUCAAGGAUCGCUUCGACGGCGCCACUAAAGUCCUCCCAGGCAACGAUGGAAAGCCUGUUAUGAAAGGCAAUGAGGGCAACAUGAGGGAAACAGUUAAAAAGCUUCAACUUCAGUCCGGCGAACGUCAACCACAAGGAACCUGGCCGCGGCGACCUGGUGUAUUUUGAGAGUUCGCCGACUUUUUGCGAACAUGACGUCACCCUCGGUUACCAUGGCACCAAAGGGCGCGAGUGCAAUGAGUCCUCCUCGGUGUCGACGGAUGCGACCUCAUGUGCUGCGGGAGGGGCUACUCCUCGGAGACUUUCAUCGUGCGGGAGCGCUGCGCGUGCACCUUCCACUGGUGCUGUCACGUCAAGUGUGACGUGUGUUCUAUAAAGAA